UCCGCGCAACCGGCGGCACCCGCGGGACGGCGGCGGCGGCGCGGGGCGCGGUGAGCGUUGGGCGGGCCGGGCCCCAGAGCGGCACCGAGCCGGGCCCCGCAGCGGCACCGAGCCGGGCCCGGCCCGGGGAGGCGCCUCUCGGUGAGCGGAGGCUGCGGGGAGCGGCCCCGCGCCGCGCGGUUCCGGCCUCCCGCCUCAGGCGGGGUCCGCCGGCUCCUGGCUGUGCGUGGGUCGUGUGGGUGCUGUCGUGGUGUGGGAUCCAUGGCAGGAGCCCUGCGCAUCGGGGACCAGCUCAUUCUGGAAGAGGACUACAAUGAAUCCUACGUUCCUAAGGAGCAAGAAAUCCGGGAUUUCGCACCGACGAUCGGGAUUGACCCCGACAAGGAGCCGGAGCUGCUGUGGCUGGCCAGGGAGUGCCUGGUGACCCCGCUGCCCCCACAGUGGAAGGCCUGCCAAGAUAUUGCUGGUGGUGACAUCUAUUUCUUCAACUUUGAGAGUGGCCUCUCCACGUGGGAGCACCCCUGUGAUGAGCACUACAAGCAGCUGGUCAUCCAGGAGAGGGAGAAGCUGCUGGCUCGGGGCAGCAUGAAGAAGGAAAAGAAGGAGAAAAAGGAGAAGAAGGAAAAGAAGGAGAAGAAAGAGAAGAAGAAGGACAAGAAGGGGAAGCAGUUCCUGAAGCAGCUGCCUCCCCCAGGCUCCCAGCUGGCACCCAUCCAGCCUCCCCUGGGCACCCUCUCUCCUCUCCGUGGCCUCACCCCAUCUUCAUCCCUGGCCCUUCGUGGCUCCCUGAACCUGGACCUGGGCAGUGUGGUGGAGCCCAGCCUCAUCCCCAAGGAAGGAACUCUGCCUGCAGAGAUCUCCAAGCCCACCAGCCACACCAGGAACCUGCUGGGUUUGAUCUGUGAAGAGAAAAGUUCCUUGAACGUGGCAGUGCCAGAGAAGUGGAAAAACGAAGAGGAAGGAAGUGAAAAUGAGAGUUUCCAUGGGACCUCAAGACUGUUGAAAAACGUGUACCUGGAUGUUGAAGCCCUGGCAGGCAGCUUUGACUUUGAGGAGAACAGCCAGGAGGAGCAGCAGGAGCCUGGCAGCCCAUCAGCUGGUGCUGCUGAAGCUGCUCCCCAGCCCCACAGGAGCCCUGAGGAGGAGGAGGAGGCUGCCAGCCUGGGAGAGAAGGAGUCUUUAAAAUGGAGACACCCUGAGGAGGUGCCAGAGUCUUCCCUGGAUUCGGGUGCUGCGUGCCCUCCGUCCCCGGUGCAGACCCUCCCUGGCAGUGCUGACAGCAGCCUGUCUGCCCACAGCAAGCAGCAGGAGCCUGCUGGGGAUGAAGUGGUGGCCAAAGAAGAUGCUGAGGUGGAAGGAGAUGCCUCUGCAGCCGAGGAGCUGCCUGAGCCUGAGGGGGAGAGGGGCGCAGCAGGGCCGGACGUGCCCGGCUCCCCUCUCGGAGAGGGGGAUCUGCUGGCCAGCCUGCCUGACCCUGCUGACACCAUGUCCUGUGCACAAGAGGGGCUGCACGAAGAGAGGGAAGAAGCAGCAGCUGAUUCAGAAUCAGAGGAUGAUGGCAAACUUUCAAAGGCAUCCAGGGCCAGUGGCUGUGAGCAGGACUUGCCUGUCUCCAGGUGCUCUGACCAGGAGGUGGUUCAGCCUGUGGGUUUGAGGAGCCAGCUCUCUGAGGUUCUGGAUGUGGGCAGUGUGUCCCCUGGUUUGGACAGCCCUGAGUGCAAGGAGCUGGGAGAAGAGGAAAAGGACCAAAGCAAAGCCAGUGCAGGGGAGGAGCAAAGGGAAAGAACAGAAGCUGCUGAGAGGCACCCUGAGAAGGAAAUUGAGCAGCCCUUGAACCAGCCUGAGGAUGAAUCCCUGGAGGAGAUAGUCAAGGAGGUGGAGGCAGAGCUGGAGCAAGAGGAAAUACAUUUAUUUCAAGCAAAGGAGGAGAAAAUUCAGCAAUUCCAGGAGGAGAUGAGGCAGGAGGAGGAAGAAGCUGAAAAGCUUCAUCAGCAAAAAGAAAAACCCCUCAGCGCUUCAGAAGAAGAUUUGGCAAAAUCUGAGCAGGAAGAGGAAGAGUUGCUUGUCAGAGAGGAAAAAGCUGCGAGACUGGAAAAGCUGCGAGCCCAAAUCACCUCAGAGAUGGAGGCAGAGGAGGAGAGGAUGAGGGCAGAGCAGGAGGCCAGGCUGCAGAAGCUGAGGGAAGAGUGGGAAUCCCAGCAGCUGGUGGAGAAGGAGAGCCUGGAGAGGAAGCAGCAGCUUGCCUUGGAGGAGAUGAGGCUGGCAGCAGAGGAAGCCCAGCAGAAGGAGAUGAACAAGCUGGAGGAACAGAAGGAGCAGUUCCUGAGCGAGCUCAGGGAGAGGCUGGCCAGGGAGAAGAGGAAGGCAGCAGAGGAGCUGGAAGAACAGUUUGCCAGUGAACUCCAGCAGCUGAAGUCUGCAGCAGAAGAGAGGCACCAUGAGGUGGUUUCCAGCCUGCAGGCCCAGCUGGCAGAGGCACAGAGCAGCCAGGAGGCCCAGCUGCAGGAGGAGCUGCAGAGGGCAGAGCAGGAGGUGCAGCACAGAGCCCUGAAGGUGAAGGAGUUCGAGCGCGAGCUGAGCGAGCUGAUGAGCGACCGGCGGCGGGAGGUGGAGAAGGAGCACGAGGCGAGGAUGGAGAGGAUGCGGCAGCAGCACCGGGAGGCGCUGGCGCGGGCACGGGAGCAGCACGAGCAGGAGGAGCAGAGGCAGAGGGCAGAGCUGCUGGAGGGGCUGCGGGCGGAGGCGGCGCGGCUGCGGCAGCUCCACGACAGCGAGCUGAAGGAGCUGCAGGCAGAGCUGGAGGGGAGGCUGAGCGCCCUGCAGCAGAGGCACAGGGAGAAGGAAAGGAAGCUCCAGGAUUCAGAGAAGGAGCUUGAAGUGCGCAUGAAGAGCAUGCAGGCCAGAUCAGAGCAUCUCCUCAGCCAGGAGGAGUCCCUGCAAAGGAGAAAGCAGCUGCUGCUGGAUGAGGAGGAACAGAUGCAGCUCCAAAGAAAUGAAGCUGCUCUAGCCUCUCAGCUGCGCCUGGAGGAGAGCAGGAAGGAGCAUUCCAGCCUCCUGGAGUCUGUCAGGCAGCUGAGGAAGGCCCUGGAGGAGCUGCAGGACCAGAAGGCUGAGCUGGAGGCCCAGGUGGAUUUGCUGCAGAGCCGGAGCCAGAGGCUGCAGAAACGCAUUGGAGAGCUGGAGGAAGCAAUCAGGAGCAAGCAGGAGGCACUGAAAGAACUGGAGGCAGAAGAAAGUGUGGAAUCUCCAAGAAAGAAAGCUGAGCUCCGUGUUGAAGACCUGAGAGAAACUCCUCAAGCUCAGACAUCCAGAGAUCCUUCCCCAGCCUCCCAGAGCCCCGAGGAGAGCGAGCUGCAGUUUGAUCGGGUGCAGAGCUACCUGUCAGCCGAGGGGCAGUCGCUGAGGAGCGCCAAGGAGUUCCUGCAGCGCCAGAGCCGCUCCCUGCGCCAGCGGCGCUCGGCGCUCAGGGCUGCCAGCCUGCGCUGGCACCAGGACCUGCGCAGGGCACAGGAGGCUGUGCAGGACCCCCACAGCUCCCAGCUGCUGCAGGGAGUGCAGAGGAACCUGGAGGAGGAGGCAAAGGAGUUGGACAAGAUGAAGUUGGCCAUGCAGAAAGGACAGGUGCUGCUGAAGAAGAAGGAGGAGAAGCUCAGCCAGCUGGAGUCCUCACUGCUGGAGGAGCUCUCAGAUGAGGAUACACUGAAGAGUUCUGCAUGCAAGAAGGUGGUGACUUUUGAUCUGAGCACCUCUGAGGACACAAACAGCACGUCCAGUGUGAAUCUGGGCCAGUCUAGAUUUGACUUGAGAAGGGAUUUGUGGCCUGCCCUCCAUCAGGACAAGAUCCAGCACCUGAGGGACUCUGUGCAGAGCAUCACCAGCGAGCUGAACUCAGUCCUGGGGCUCCUGGACUCCCUGAGCCAUCAGCAGCCUCCUCUGCUCACCUCCACACCCCACCUGCCCACAUAUCCCCCCCUGGGGAACCCCCCCAGGGCAUCCCCCCUGGAGCAGUGGGCCAGGAGCAGCAGGCUCAGCUCCAGUUACUCCCUGUCAGGGCAGUCAGUGGACAGCAUGCUGGCAGAGAAGUGGCACAGGUAUUUCCCAGGUGGGUUCUCAUCGCUCAGUGGGAGUCCUGUGCCUCUGGACAGCAAGCUGGGAUAUGUCCCUGCAGAUGAACAAAUCCGGCUCUUCCAGUAUUCCAAGGUGAGUGGGCCAGAGAAGAGGAAUAUUGAGGGCAUGAUUGAGAGCAACAAGAAAUGGCUGAAAGACUUCAAGGAUUCCAAAGUACCUCUCUCCUCACAGGCACAGAAGCCCCCAGGCAGCAGCCCCAGCCUCCUGCAGCUGGGGCUGGAUGAGAACAGAGAGAUCAAGGUGUACCACUACUGAAAGGCUGCCGGGGACGCUGCUCUUCAAGGGAUCCAUCUGUGAGGAACCACCUUCAAAGCCAUUCUCCUGAGGCAGCUGCUGGGGAGGCUGUGAGGCUGCUGCCCCACAGCCCCUGCGCUGUGUGAGCCCCUCGGGUGGGCGGUGGAGGGAGGCAGAGCCCCUGCUCUGCUCCCCGGGUGCCGUGUGCUGGCACACCCCUGGCACGGCGAUGUUUACAACCAAACAGAAAUAUAUUUUUGAUGAACAUCAUUUUAAAGCUUUUAAGAAUGUAUGUAUUUUAUUUUUUUCUUGCUGUUUCUCGAGGAUUUUUGUAAUUACUCAACCAGCCUUACUCCUUCCUAGGAAAGGAGGGAUGAAAACACGGGUAUCCCAUCUGCUGUUGGAUUGCACAAACCCCUUCCUGUAGGGAUUCUGCUUUUAGUUUAUUGCAUACUCAGAGGACACAACCCCAGUCAGGGGUUUCAGAAGGGACCCCACAGUUGUGGUUGCUGUGGCCAAAGCCAUAUCACUGAGUCCAUUCUGUGUUUUGGGAGAAGCAUGCAUUAGCAGUGCAGGGAAAUGCCAGUUUUUUUUUUAACAAUAACUUGGUUUGAAGCCUGCUCCUUUUUCCUGUUAAAACCUGGGGUAGCAGCUGUAUCUGGUUUUGUAUAAAUUAAAUCAACAUGAGCCUGUUUUGUAUGAUGGUGGUGGUUGUCACUCUGUUUUGUUGUAGCUGGAUAUCCAGCUGUACUUACCUCUCACAUCUCCCCUUGACUCUGGGCUCUCUCAUGUUUUGUCUUGUCAAGGUCAUUUCUGGCAGUUCCCAAGACCACUUAAGCUCGCUGUGGCUUUGUUACCAUUGUUCUUUUAAGUAUCUGGACAGGGUAGCAAAUGCAGAGGCAGAGAGAAGAAAGCUAAAAACCAAAACUACAAAAUGGAAACAAGGCAUUGCUCUGGCAGCCUGGGAUGUGUUAAAAAUGUCUCUCUGUGGCUUGCCUGUGGCUGCUGAUUUCCCCUGGGUUGGGAGCAGCCAGGAAUUGCCCCAGCAGCGUGCUGGGUGAUGCUGGGAUGGCUGAGUGACACUCUCACCAGGAAUUGGGAAGGGUUGGUGACAUGCUCUUUUCUUCCCAUGACUUGAUCCAUCUCCUGCUUGCUCCUGCCAGCAGCCUGGGAGCUGGAGGGGCUGGAGAGGCACAGGGGGAGCAGGGUGUGGCUUGUGCACACCUGGAGGCUGGUAGUUUUGUCCUUAAAAAGAAAAC